AUGCAGCGAAUUACUACAAACGAGGCACCCGGCUGUUCUCCACCCACUGACAACCAACCAUGCAAUGGCAACGACAAUGAUGUAGAUCCUAGAAAUAGAGAAGAAAAUCGAGAUGAUAGACAAACUUUCGGUUCAGCACUACAAUUAAUCACAAUUAUCAUGGUUUAUUACGAUGAAUUAGGCACAGGUCAAUUAGAAAACUUCGUCAAUACGAUUCUCGAUACAGACUAUAAAGCUAUCGAUAUCUAA